AUGCCAAUUUUCUCAUACCCAUCUUCACCCCUAAUCCCUACCCUAACUCUGCUCCUCUCCUUGCCGAUCCUCUUCUUCUUAGGCCCCAAUAUUCUGCCUCCCCGGCGUCUCACCAUCACCGCCCCCGACGAGCUCGACGAUCUUUCCCUUUUUCAGAAGGCCAUAGCCCUCUCCAAAUCCCAAUCUGCCCCUAAAUCCCACCUCCCCUCCACCAAAUCCCGGCUCGGCUCCACCUCCACCUUCCGCCCCAAAAUUGCUUUUAUGUUCUUGACCAACUCCGAUCUCCAUUUUCAGCCUCUUUGGGAGGUUUUCUUCAACAAAACCCAGCCUAAUUUGUACAACAUCUACAUCCACGCCGACCCUUCGAUCAGAAUCAAGCCACCGACAGGGGUUUUCGCCGAUAAGAUCAUCCCGUCGAAGCGGACGCAACGAUCGUCUCCGACCCUCAUCUCCGCCGCGCGCCGCCUCCUCGCCACCGCUAUGUUAGACGACCCUUUGAAUGCCUAUUUCGCGUUGAUAUCCCAGCACUGCAUCCCCCUGCAUUCGUUCAAUUACCUUUACGGUUUUCUGUUUGAUAUUCACAAAUUGCGCAAGAAUCUAGAUUACUUGAGUUACAUUGAGAUCCUCUCCGAAUCGGAGUUUUUGUGGGAUCGGUACAAUGCUAGGGGUGAGAAUGUGAUGACCCCAGAAGUCCAUUUCGAUCAAUUUAGAGUGGGUUCCCAAUUUUUUACUCUGACCCGAAGGCACGCCUUGAAGGUGAUUGAAGAUAGGCGUCUGUGGAGGAAGUUUAAAUUGCCUUGUAUAAAUGUGGAGUCUUGUUACCCUGAAGAGCAUUAUUUCCCUACCCUUUUAUCAAUGGAGGAUCCAAAUGGGUGUACCAAAUACACAUUGACGAGGGUGAAUUGGACUGAUAGUGUCAAUGGUCAUCCUCACACUUAUUAUCCUCCGGAGGUGUCUCCCCAGCUGAUUCACACCUUAAGGGAGUCAAAUUCCUCGUAUUCUUACAUGUUUGCGAGGAAAUUUUCGCCGGAUUGCUUGAAUCCAUUGAUGGAAAUGGCAGAUUCAGUCAUAUUCAAGGACUAA